GCGUGGGGGAAGCCGCCCCGGAGGCUCCGACCUCGCUCCUGCGCCACAAGAGCACCCACUUAGGUGUACAUUUCGGACGGGGCCCCGGCGGUUCAGACCCGGAGGCGGCUCCUCCCGGCGUCGGUCUUCGGUCCUCCCAACCAGAGCGCUCUUGGGACAAGCCGGGGAUUCCCCGCCACCGCCCGCCCUCUGGUGUAACGGAGUCCCCGCAAGGCCCCGCCCCGGCCUGGCGCAGUCCUGGGCGGGAGGAACGCGCCGAGAGGCGAGAGAGCGCGGCCAUGGCUGGGCCCGGCGUCCCCGGCGCCCCCACAGCCCGAUGGAAACGCCACAUCGUGCGGCAGCUGCGUCUUCGGGACCGUACGCAAAAGGCGCUCUUCCUGGAGCUGGUGCCGGCCUAUAACCAUCUCUUAGAGAAGGCUGAGCUGCUGGACACAUUCUCAAAGAAGCUGCAGCCGGAGCCAAACAGUGUAACUCCCACCACCCACCAGGGCCCCUGGGAGGAGUCAGGGCUUGACUCAGACCAAGUCCCAUCACUGGCCACACUGAGGGUGAAGUGGCAGGAGGAGGAGGAGGGGCUCCGGCUGGUCUGUGGUGAGAUGGCCUACCAGGUGGUGGAGAAGAGCGUGGCCCUGGGCGCCUUGGAGUCGGAGCUGCAGGAGCUGCAGAGCAGGCUGGCGGCCCUGGAGGUCCGCGUGGCACAGCUGCGAGAGGCACGGGCGCAGCAGGCCCAACAGGUGGAAGACCGGCGGGCGCAGAACGCGGUGCAGCGGGAAGCCUACGAGGCGCUGCGCGCGCACGUCGGGCUCCGGGAGGCGGCACUGCGCAGGCUCCAGGAGGAGGCGCGCGACCUGCUGGAGAGGCUCGUGCAGCGGAAGGCGCGCGCCGCAGCUGAGCGCAACCUGCGCAACGAGCGCCGGGAGCGGGCCAAGCAGGCGCGGGUGUCCCAGGAGCUGAAGAAGGCUGCCAAGCGGAUCGUGAGCAUCAGCGAGGGUCCGGACACCCUAGGCGAUGGGAUGAGGGAGAGAACCGAGACUCUGGCUCUGGCCCCUGAGCCAGAGCCCCUGGAGAAUGAAGCUUGUGAGAAGUGGAAGAGGCCCUUCAGGUCUGCCUCAGCCACCUCCCUGACGCUGUCCCACUGUGUGGAUGUGGUGAAGGGGCUUCUGGAUUUUAAGAAGAGGAGAGGUCAUUCCAUUGGGGGAGCCCCUGAGCAGCGAUACCAGAUCAUCCCUGUAUGUGUGGCCACCCGACUUCCUACCCAGGCUCAGGAUGUGCUGGAUGCCCACCUCUCUGAGGUCAAUGCUGUUCGUUUUGGCCCCAACAGCAGCCUCCUGGCCACUGGAGGGGCUGACCGCCUGAUCCACCUCUGGAAUGUUGUGGGAAGUCGCCUGGAGGUCAACCAGACCCUGGAGGGAGCUGGUGGCAGCAUCACCAGUGUGGAUUUUGACCCCUCGGGCUACCAGGUUUUAGCAGCAACUUAUAACCAGGCUGCCCAGCUCUGGAAGGUGGGGGAGGCACAGUCCAAGGAGACACUGUCUGGACACAAAGAUAAGGUGACAGCUGCCAAAUUCAAGCUGACAAGGCACCAGGCAGUGACUGGGAGCCGUGACCGGACAGUGAAGGAGUGGGACCUCGGCCGUGCCUACUGCUCCAGGACCAUCAAUGUCCUUUCCUACUGUAAUGACGUGGUGUGUGGGGACCAUAUCAUCAUUAGUGGCCAUAAUGACCAGAAGAUCCGGUUCUGGGACAGCAGGGGGCCUCACUGUACCCAGGUCAUCCCUGUGCAGGGCCGGGUCACCUCCCUGAGCCUCAGCCACGACCAGCUGCACCUGCUCAGCUGUUCCCGAGACAACACACUCAAGGUCAUCGACCUGCGUGUCAGCAACAUCCGCCAGGUGUUCAGGGCUGAUGGCUUCAAAUGCGGUUCUGACUGGACCAAAGCUGUAUUCAGCCCGGACAGAAGCUAUGCACUGGCAGGCUCCUGUGAUGGGGCCCUUUACAUCUGGGAUGUGGACACCGGGAAACUGGAAAGCAGACUUCAGGGACCCCAUUGGUACCUGAAUCUCUCUCAUCCAUGGAGUAUCACCAUUUUCUGAGGCUGAAAGUUCUUCCACUAGCACGGAUGGGAAAACUCCAAUACGCCCAUUGAAUUCCCCUUCCCAGAAGCCAUCGUCGUCUUGGUUUUCUUUGUUCAAGAUACGGAUUAUUGCUCCCUCAGGAAAAGAUAACUCAUCAUCUGUCUGGCCCUCAUAAUCAUAAAGUGCUUUCACAAAACAGACUAGGGAGCAAGAGAAAAACAAAUCUGGUAAGAUAAUUAAUAGCCGGUUGCUUCUGCAACUACCCCUAUGUUCACAUGACAACUAAAACAGCAUCAUACAGAAUAGGAUUAAAGUUGUAAUUUUUUUACUCACUGAUGAUUAAUUUUAGGGUUCUACUGUGCAGGACAAAUGUGACCAUAUAAAGAAGAGCAUAUUAUAGGACGGGGGAAAGUUGUGCUUUUUAUCCUAGUGAAGGCUUACUCCAGGGCAAUACAGUUUAGGUCAAAUGUGACCAAAUAAAGAGUGCCUUGUUUCAGUCUUUACCACUGGCAUCUCCGUUGAGGCUGCCUGAAACGAAUUCUGCUUCCGUGGAAUUGCUGGACGUGUGUGACCGACCGUCCAAAGUGGCCAGGGACUGCAGCAUGCUCAGGAGGCUGUUUGAGGUGGGAAACUGUAGGUACUUUUCUGGCACAUAACCCACUUGGCCAACUUUAUUUCGAGCCUGGGUAAAAGACGUGACAAAACAAGUUUACACACACACAAUUUAGGGCAAAACAAAGAGCAAAACGAACUCCUAAAAAUGUCACAAGAAGGGGCGAUAUGAGCAAAGGAAUAUACCUUUACCCAGUCUUCCAUAUCUCCAUCUUCAAUCACUUCUAACACCUCAUGUUCCUCAAUGGUCAACUCAUCUGGUUGAGAAGCCUGCAAUGUAGGAUGGUCAUGGACAAAAUUAAAAAGGUUAGAUAAGGAGCAGAUGUGAGCUGAUCAUGACAAAAACUGGGGAUCAAAAUAUUGAAAUGAUAUUGAGAAACAUGUUGAACAUAAAAAUUUAAAUGCUGUAAAACUUUCAUAAUGAGGUGAAGUUUUACUUUAAAAAACUAAACAGAAUAAAACCGUAACAAAAAC